CCCACCUCAAAACAACACUCCUACAUCACCUGCAAACCCUACAAACGCUACGACUCCGACGUCUCCUCCAUCAGCAGUGCUGAAGGCAUCGACGAUUUCGACAGCCCCAUCUGGUGGGAUAUCCUCGACCACGAAGAAGAAGCCAUUGCACGCUACAAGAAGUUUUUGCGUGAGCAGUUGAUCAAGGGACGGAAGUUGGAGAAGCGGGAAGAACCUGAGAUUGUGAUGACGAGGACAAAAGUGGCUUUGCCAGAGAGAUGUAAGGAAAAGAGUGAUCAUACGCAUAUCGUCGAGAAGAUGCAAAAUUCGCGAGAUCUGACCGGACCAGUCGAAUUCUGUUUCUGGAGCAUGAAUGGUCAAGAGUGCCAGUGCGGGAAGUGU